CCCCCCUUGCAGUUUGACAACAGCACAUACCAUUGCAAGAAACCCUUCACAUCUUACUGAAACAGCUACUACUCCUGCUAGCUAGCUCAAGCUCAAGCUCAAUCUCAAGCUCUUUCCACUAAGCUCCGUGUGUCUAGCUCAUCAAUACCUGGCUAGCUAGCUAGUUGCUUGAUCGAUAUAUAUCCUAGCUAAGUGAUGGACUUCGACUUGUUCAAUUCCUACCCGGAAUCGCAGCUUGACCUGAUGAGCACGAUGCUUCAGCUGGAGCAGCUCACUGCGCUCAGUGACCAGUCGCUGUUCAUGGCGGCGCCGACGUCGCCGCCGGUAUCACCCAUGGGGACCCCUUCUCCCCAGUUCUCACCACCGCCGCAGAUGUCGGUCACCACCACCACCGCCGGUGGCGGUUACCAGGAUCAGUAUAACUCCAUGCCGGCAACGUACGGCGCCGGUGCGGGCGUGCACCAGCUGGACUUCGCGAUGUCGUCACCGGGCUCCGACUCCGGCGCGCCGCAGGGCUCGUCGUCGUCGUCCUCGUCGGAGGCGAUGCGGGAGAUGAUCUUCCACAUCGCGGCGCUGCAGCCGGUGGAGAUCGACCCGGAGGCCGUGCGGCCGCCGAAGCGGCGCAACGUGCGCAUCUCCAAGGACCCGCAGAGCGUGGCGGCGCGGCUGCGGCGGGAGCGCAUCAGCGAGCGCAUCCGCAUCCUGCAGCGGCUCGUCCCGGGCGGCACCAAGAUGGACACCGCCUCCAUGCUCGACGAGGCCAUCCACUACGUCAAGUUCCUCAAGUCCCAGGUGCAGUCCCUCGAGCGCGCCGCCGCCGCCACCGGCGCCGCCGCCCACCGCGCCGCCGCAUUCGGCGCCGCCUACCCAGCUGCCUUACCCAUGCAGCACCACGCUCCGUGGUAGCUGCACGCUACUAGCUCCCACAUGGAUAGAUGGUGAUGAGACAAUCGUUUCCCAUUACUAUCGCGUCUCACAUGCUUGUCGCCGUCGUCGUCGUCGAUCGAUCAAUCACCACUGCUGCUGCUGCAGCAUGCAUGAUCACAUGCAUGUGUAAAUUAGUAGUACAAGAUGUAGGAGACUACCUGAUUACUAGUACCAUUUAUUAUUGCUGUUGUACGUUACCGCAUGCUAGCUCGUACGUACGUGGCUGCUCCGAGCUUUUGUUGGACUCGCAGCCCGUACGUGCAUGCGCGUUUCAUUCGACCGUAGGCUUGUACUGUACUGUACACAUUUCCUUCUAUUCUACCCCCCUGUUCAAUGCAGUACGUUUCCCGUACCUCA